AUGCCUAAAAGAAGUGCUGUUUGGCUUCAUUUCGACAAAUCAGCUGAUGGAAAGUCUGCAAAGUGCAAGCAUUGCGGAAAAAUUGAGAAAUCCAACUUGAGAAGUCACUUUUAUAGUAUGCAUAAAAAAUAUACUAUAGAGGCAAGCCAAACAGGGAACGAGGAACCCCAGCCAAGUAAAAGGCAAAAAUUAGAAGAUAAAGAUUGUUGUGUAUCCAGUCAAGCUGAUGCUGGUCCAAGUACAAGCAAAGCAGUACAAUCUGUAAGUACAAGAUGUAGUUCAUCUACUUCAAUACUGAAACAACCAUCUAUAAUAAACACAAUAAAAGGAAUCGAGUUCUACAAAAAUGGAGGCAGGCAAAAUGAAAAAAUUACUCAAUCCAUUGUUUACAUGAUUUGUAAAGAUAUGCAGCCAUUCUCAAUCGUGGAAAGAGAUGGUUUUAAAAAACUGAUGAAAAAUCUGGUACCUCACUAUGAGUUACCAAGCCGAUUUACCCUCAAAAGACAAGUGCAAAGCAAGUAUGAUGUGGUGUCUUCAUCAAUGCGAAAGUUGCUAGCAAACAAAAAGGUAACAUUAACUACAGAUGUGUGGACAGACCUGCAGAUGAGAAGCUACAGCAGCCUAACUGUUCACUUUAUAGAUGAUGAAAAUCAAUUAUUUUCAGGGACAGUGGGUAUGGUAUCAUUAGAAGAUCGACAUACUGCUGAGUACCUUUGUGUACAAUUAAGGUCUCUAUGCAGUCAGUGGCAAAUUCAAGAAGACAAUAUUGUUGUCAUUAUAACAGAUAAUGGGUCUCAUAUAGUGAAGGCUAUUAAUAUUUUUUUAGGUGCCAAAAGACAUAUUCCUUGCUAUGCCCACACACUUAAUUUAGUCUGCCAGAAUUCUUUGAAAAAUUGUCCAGGACUGGUUGAGCUUCUGGAAAAAGUGAAAAAAAUUGUAAGUUGGUUCAAGCAAAGUGUAGUAGCAAGUGAUGAACUAAGAAAUGCUUCACCCAAUAAAAAGGUAAUUCAAUAUAUAAACACAGUAAAUGCAAGACUAAGAUUACUGGAAAAUGAAACAAAUGACCAAACCAUUAGUGAUAAUGAAACUGACAGCAGUGUUGAAAACUCUUCAAAAAGUAUAUUUAGCGAAUAUAAUAAACAAAUCCAAACAAAAUGGAAACAAACCAAUAAGGAAGAAACACAUAAAGAUUUAUAUCCAGAAUUGUCCUUAUAUCUAUCAGCCCCAGCAGCCAAAAUAGAGGAAAAUCCCAUAGCUAUAUGGGAAGAUAUGAAAGGUACCUAUCCCAAGUUGUUAGGAGUUGUUGCUGAAUUUGUUCCUUUAGUUGGUACAUCUGUUCCAUCUGAAAGAUUAUUUUCAAAAGCAGGACAAAUUAUAACAAAGACUAGGAAUCGCCUAGAGGAGACUGACCACGUCGUUCUACUAGGAUUAGCAAAACCCCUUAAAAUUGGCGAAAUCACUGUCAACCACUCCAGCGUGAUUUCCACAGAUGAAACAUUAUACAUCAUGGGACAAAAGAUAAACCCGCAGACCAUCCAAGAACUGCAAAUGCCAAAUAUCAUACAAAUGAAACUUCAUCCGAAACAUUCACUUAUAUUGGAAAAAUUGGAAAUUCCAAGAACCCAUCACCGACUCGAGCCCAUCGAAACGACAAAUCUACAGCCAUUGAUGACAACCAGCAUCAGCCUCAUCCUCACAUUAUUAAUCAUGUCUAUUUUAGCAUUAAUUUUAUACAUAGAAAUUCGCAAGAGAAGAAGAAUCUACAGACUGUUAUUUGGACCCAAAAUGCCACAACACCAAGUAGCAGCCCUUCAAGAACUUCUCGAAAUUGCGAGGACGGAAUUCAAUCCCAAGGAAGGAGGAGAAACGUAA